GCAGCCGCGGCACUCGGUUUCGCGGCGUCUCUCGGCCCGCACACUCUCGCUCGGAGUCCGUGGCCGCUGCAGGAUGCCGCUUCCAGACGAAAACGUAAUAAAUGAGUCCACCCUGCGACGGCGGAUUCGUUACUGUAAGCAAGUUGUGCUGGCCAUGGGCGCGUCCCUGGGCAUGGCCACCAUGGGCAUGACGGUCACUUGGCCCAACGCGUUGCUGAGAGACCUGCGCGUCGACAACACGACGCUCGUGGGCACGCAGCUGCACCUGGCCGACUGGCAGAAGGACCUCAUGGGCAGUGUUGUGUUUGUGGGAUCUCUCCCUGGCCUCUUGGUGGCUGGCUGGGUGCUCGGCCGGCUGGGCCGCCGAAGGAGCAUGGCUCUGGGCGCGGUGCCGGGCCUCCUGGGCUGGGUUCUGGUGGCUCUCGGGGCAAAUGUUUCCAUGUUAGCAGUCGGCAGGAUGUUGCAAGGCUUCACCUUAGGGAUGGUGUCUGUAGCAGCCACGACCUACAUCACAGAGCUGCCCGACGCAUCGAUCCGUGGCUUCGCCUGCGUCCUUCCAACCUUGUUCUCCGAAGCGGGAAACCUCUUCGUCGCCAGUCUCUCGCUUGUGCUGCCUUGGCACCACCUGGCCUUUGUCUGCGCCUCCGUCACCGUUCUCUUCAUUGCCAUUACAUUCCUGUUGCCAGAGAGUCCUUCCUAUCUCGUGGUUUGCAAAGAGGAAUCACGAGCUCGCAAAGUCCUCGCCGUGUUGCGAGGUCCUGACGUCGAUGUGGAGGAAGAGCUGAGGAUACUCAAGAAGCAGAACGAGGGUCUGGCGGGCGACAGUCCCGGCUGGCGGUCGCUCCUGAAAGGCGUGGUCGUUCGGCGGGUGCUGGUGGUCGUGGCGCUCUUCCUCAUCCAGAGCUUCAGCGGCCUCAUGGUCUUCGUCUCGAAUGCGUCGAGAAUCCUCCGCUCCGUCGGCUCGGCGAUGGACGAGAGGCUCAGCACUAUCGUCGUCUUCGGGGUAGAGCUACUGGGAUGCGCCUGCUCGUGCUGCCUGCAGGAUCGCAUCGGCCGGCGGAGGUCCGUGGUCCUCUCCCUCGUGGUCAUGGCUGCCGCCCUUGUCGCCAUGGGCACGUACGCCUUCUUGGCCGGCAGCGCGGCGCCGGCGGUCCUGGAGGUGGCGGAUCUGCCGGCCCAAAGCCUCAACAGCACCUUCUAUCUGCAUGUGCCUCGAGAUGAGGGCGAGCAGCUGAGAGUUGGCGUCGAACCGAGCAUGGGCGUGAUGAAGGAAGUGGGCUUGGCCGGGUGGGAGUGGGUGCCUUUAGGGUGCCUGGUCAUAUAUAUGUUCGUCAUGUGCCUGGGUAUCCGCACCGUGCCCUACAUCUUGGCAGCGGAAUACUUCCCAACGACCAUUAGGCCUCAAGCCACGAGUGUGUGCAUGACAUUCGCCAGUUUCAUUAUCUUCGCGGCCCUCCAGACGUACAGCCUGCUCCUGGAGGCACUCACGCAGGCCGGCCUUUACUGGACCUACGGCGCCGUGGCGGCCUGUGGGGCGCUCUUCUCUCUUGUCUUCAUAACGGAAACCAGUGGCAAGACCGUCGGCUGAGGUCUGGCGGAGAGACCGUCGGCUGAGGUCUGGCGGAGACGCCAUCGGCUGAGGUCUGGCGGAGAGACCGUCGGCUGAGGUCUGGCGGAGACGCCAUCGGCUGUGACCCAGCAGCAAGGCUCGACAAGACCAUCGGCUGUGGCCAGCAGCAAGGCUCGACAAGGCCAUCGGCUGUGGCCAGCAGCAAAUCUAUCGGUUGUAUCCAGCGGCAAGGCUUAUCGGCUGUGGUCAGCGGUAAGACUAUCGUCUGUGACCAGCGGCAAGGCUACUUGUAUGGUCCUCGGCUACAAGACCGUUGCCUAAAGUCAGCUAUCAAAUCAGACCCAGACUCAGGACUGCUUGCCUACCUCAUCGCGAGUGAUAUUAAUUGCUGUCUAAACUGUUUUGUUGUUUUAGUUGGGUAAUAGGCAUUUUUCUGAAAGGUUGUGUGUUGUUACAGCCUUGUGUGCACGUUUUUAAGAGGAUCGUUGAAAUCGCGAAAUCCCCUUUCUUGGUCUACUAGGUGCAGUGUUGUUCAGAGGCAAUAAUGUGCGUGAUCUGAUCGUACUGUGACUCUUAAAACGUAAAUAUUUGCUGGUUUAAGAGUAAAACCGUCUAACGUUAAAAUUAGGCUUGUUUUUAUUACUUUGGCCCUGGACGAGCUUCGAAAGAACCCUGUAUUUUAAGGACUUGCCUCUGAUUAAGUCUAGUCUUUACAUGUUUGUGUAUAAGAUUAUUAAGGCUUGGGUGGAAUGUUGUGGGAUUAAUGUUUGAGACUCAUUUGCCAUGUGCUCCGUCAGGAGCAGACGUUUCAUAAACCUAAGCUAAUUUAUAGAUCAGUAGCUAACGCUCUCUUAGCGCUAAGACUAGUGACUCCACCGUGAUUGGUUGAUUUGUACUAAAACAAUUACAUUAAUUAAGAGUACUCUUCAUACUAACUGACUGCAGGUGAUUUAUGUACCUAGUAUCCCGCUGAUACAAACUUGCCUUUAAGAGCACAUCUGAGAGCUUUUUGCUCAUUUGUAUGUUUCGUAGUCCUAUACCGUAUAAUCGUUAUAUAGAUUUAUAAUCC